CACUUCUUCCCAGAAAAUUUGAUCCCUCUUCUUAUUAAAUUGCAACUAGCUACCUCAAUUCUCAACAUACCAUACAAAAUCCUUAGCAGCAACAAGCUAAGCAAGGAGGAAUUGAAGAAGAAGAAGAAGUAGUACAGUGCCGCGAUCAUCCUCAGCCGCCAUCUGUUUUGUUCAAUUCAAGGACUCAAUUACCGCCAUGUGGAGAUAAACUUAGCUAUCUGAUCUACUUGUGGUGAUAGGCUGAAGAUUGAAGACAGACUGGGAAUUCUUAAUGCUGCUUUAAUUUAGGCAGAGCAAAUGGCUUAUGCUGCUGUAACUUCACUUAUGGGAACUCUUUCUCUACAUUUCUUGCAACCACAACCACGCUUGCCUAUUCAAUACAAACAACAAAUAGUUUCUCUCCAUGGAAAUCUUGGUUUUAUCCAAGAAAUUUUUGAGAAAUCUGAGAUCGCCUAUGAUGAUGUGGGGGCGAUGAAAGAUGUAGAGGCAGAGAUCAGAGAUGCAGCGUUCGAAGCUGAGGAAAGGAUUGAGUUGGAGUUGACUACCAUUUAUCUAGAGGCAAAGGGUUGGACGAAGCGUCUUGCUUGCCUCCUCAGGCUUCAUGGAAUCUUCAAGCAAGCAGUAAAACAGACAGAUUACCUCAAGAAGAAGUUGAUUAAGAUUACAAGUGAAAAGCAGCUUGCAAAGGGUCCAUCACAGAGAGGACUACUCCAUGGUUCAACAUCAUCACAGCCUGAUCUAGAACGCGAGAAUAAUAUUACUGUGAGUAAAUUUUUAAAAAACGCUUCAAUAAAGUCUGAUAGUGGAAUGGUCGGAUGCAACGAGGAGUUCGAGACGAUAAUGGAUCAGCUCAUCCGACAAUCAGCACAGCAGCUACAAGUUGUGUCAAUUGUAGGCAUGGGAGGAAUUGGCAAGACUACAUUAGCUCGGAAAGUUUAUGAAGAUUCAUCUAUUACUUUUCAUUUUGACAAACGAGCAUGGGUUACUGUAUCUCAAGAGUAUAACAAGGAACAAAUGCUCCAAUGCCUUAUUGGUUGUGUUAAUGCAACAUCAAGAGAUGAACUUCAUGAACAGAGCAAUGAAUUCCAUGAACAGAGACAAAGAAAUUCCAAAGAAAAUCUGCGUAAACACUUGAUGGGUCAGAGAUAUUUGAUAGUGAUGGAUGAUAUAUGGAGCACUACUGCUUGGGAUAGUGUGCAAGGAUGCUUUCCAAACGAUAAUAAUGGAAGUCGUAUACUAUUGACUUCUCGACUCAAAAUGGUGGCUGAAUAUGCAAGUUCAAGUAACUCUACCAUUAACAUGCCUUUCUUAGAUGCCAAUGAAAGUUGGAAUCUCUUCUGCAAUGUGUUUGGUCAAACAGAAUUUCUUUCAGUAUUUGAGCAAAUUGGUAGAGACAUAGUGAAGAAAUGUAAUGGAUUACCUCUAGCUAUUACUUUAGUAGCUAGUCUCCUCUCCAAGAUAGAGGCAGCAACGGAGAAGUGGAAUAAUGUUGCAAAAAAUGUGAGUAGGUAUGUAAUUGGUGAUUCUAAUGAUGCAUGUUUGAGAAUACUAUAUUUGAGUUACGACCAAUUACCACACCACUUAAAAGCUUGUUUUCUAUAUUUUGGAGUAUUCCCAGAAGACUACGAGAUACAUGUGAAGAAGUUGGUUAGGUUGUGGGCGGCAGAGGGAUUUUUGAGGGCAGUGGACCAUCGAAAUAUGGAGGAAGUAGCCAUGGAAUGCUUGCAAGAUCUUGUUGAUAGAAGUCUUGUUUUUGUUAGCAAACAGAGCUACAAUGGGAAAAUGAAGGCAAUAAGAAUACAUGACCUGCUACGGGAUUUGUGUUUGAGAGAAGCUCGACAUGAAAAUCUCUUGAAUGCCAUUGAAGAUGAAAAACUUCCAUUUUACAAGAAGAAAAUCUCUUGUCGUUGGAUAAGUGCUACAUCAGGGUUUGAUCUAUUUCCUUUGACAAAUUGCUUUCACAAAUCACAUUCCUUACACUCUCCCAACUCUUGUGAUUCUGUAAAUGUGGAAUGUCUAUUUCCACACUUCAAACUACUAAGAGUAGUAGACAUAAAAUGUACAUCUUCCUAUGGAUAUGAGGUACUAAAUGUGGUUGCAAAUCUUAUUCAUUUGAGAUACUUAGCUUUGAGGUCUUGCCCCGAAUAUUUUGAUUUAGAGCUUUUUGAGCAUUUGAAUAUGCAAAGCUUUAUUGUUUGUGGAGCUCAUACUACUACACUCGGUUCCUCUGAGGCAUCUGGAGUUUUGAAAAUGCCACUAUUAAGGAAUUUAUGCAUUGAACGGAUUGUUUCAUUAGGAACUUUGUCAGUUGUUCAUAGAAACUUAGAGUGUAUAUCUUGGUUGGAUUCUAAGCUCUGUACGAAGGAUCUAUUUACAAGGAUUCCAAAUUUAAAAAAAUUGGGGAUUGAUGGUACAUACUGUGAAAACGAUCUAGGUCGUUUUUAUGAUUUUGUGCAUUUGAGGCAUCUUGAGGAGCUAAGCAUCAGAAAGUGGCAUAUUAAUCUCAACAGUAUUCCAUGUAGCGGCAUCUCAUGGGCAACUAGUUUUCUACCAAAUCUUAAGAAGCUCAAAUUCUUCAAGACUAAUUUGGCAUGGAGUGAUAUGAGGCUUAUUGGUAUGUUGCCGAAUCUAGAGGUUCUAAAACUAAAACGUGCUAUUGCUAGCGAAGACAGAAUGUGGGAGCCAUCCGAGGAAGGGUUCCGUCAAUUGAAAAGAUUGGUAAUUGAAGAUAGAUAUUUUGAACGUUGGAAUGCUGUGGGUGACAAUUUCCCAGUGCUAGAAUGUUUAGAGUUAAGUUAUUGCAAGUUCUUGCAAGAGAUUCCUAGUGGUUUUGCGGAUAUCACUACACUAGCAUUGAUUAAGUUAAACUGGUGUCGGAAAUGCGUUCUGGCUUGCGCAAAGUUGAUUCAAGAAGAGUAUUACAACAACUAUGGAAAUUCCCUCCUUGUUCGUGUGGAAAAUAUGUAUUAUGACGGAACUUAUAUACAACCAAGAGGAAGAAUUAUAUUGGAUGUGGAGGAAGAGAGUGAUGAUCUUUGGGUGGAUUAGGCAGUUUACUAACCAUUUUCAAGCUAAGAGAGAAGAUAUGGAGGAAGUCUCUUUGGGCAAAGAUGGUGCGCACAACAGGAACUUGCUCAGCUGCUCUUAUUAUUAUUUUGAAAGA